AUGUAUACGAAGAGAGUAUUGUUUCACAGAGUGAAUUUUGCUCUCAUCGAAUCUCGUUCUUCCUCCUCUUCUGAAUCACUAAACAAAAUCCACAAAUUUCUGCGGAAUCUCUGCACGGCGUUAGACUUUGGAAACCCUAAUGAGUAUCGAAAUGAGGAUUCAUCAAAUUUCGCUGGUGAUAUAAACUCUAGAACAUGGAAUAGAGAUUAUGGGGGAAGCCAGAGUUUGGGUUCUAAUUCGAUGGUCCAAUCUCAGUAUCAACGAAACCUCAGUUCCAACAGCAAUUGGAACAAUCCAAGCUAUGAUUAUCGAAAUGGUGGAUCAGGUAACAAGACUUUUGAUUGCAACAUAGAAGACAAGAUUGAGGAUUUUGAUGAAUUCUGCCAACAACAUAAUCCCAAACUGGCCUUAGAAGCUAUGAAAUCAUUGGAGAAGAUGGGUCAUGUUUUGGAUUUAGCUAGGCUUUUAAGGUUAGCACAGCUUUUUGGGGAAGAACAUAGUUUUCAAGAUGUCAAGGCUUUACAAGAGGCUAAAGUAGAUGUUCACGGGAAGAUCAGAGCUUUGGUUUACCAUUUAGAUGCAAACUAUCUAAAGUAUUACACUGAUAUCGUGAUUGAAGAAUUCGAUGCGUUUUGUAGAAGAGGGAAUGUGAAGAAGGCUCUAUAUAUUAUGGAUACAUUGUCAAGUAUGAGUCAUUUGUUGGAUUUGAACAGACUUUUAGUAUUAGCCAAGCUAUGUGGAGAAGCAGAGGCUUUACAAGAAGCCAAGACCGUUCACGGGAAGAUUCGUUCUUCGUUUUGCGGUUUAGAUGUGAGUUCUUAUCAUGUAUUGAUAGAAAUGUAUUCAAACUGUGGAUUGUUGAAUGAAGCAUCGGGUGUUUUUGAGGAAAUGCCUGAGAAGAGUUUGGAGACUUGGGACAUUAUCAUAAGAUGUUUUGCGAAGAACGGUCUAGGAGAAGAAGCGAUUGACAUGUUUACUCGUUUUAAAAACGAAGGAAACAAACCCGAGGCUCGGUUAUUCAGAGGAGUGUUCUAUGCUUGUGGCUUCCUAGGUGAUGUCGAUGAAGGGUUGUUGCAUUUUAGAUCAAUGUCUAAAGACUAUGGCAUCAUCCCUACCGUGGAAGACUAUGUAAGCAUCGUUGAGAUGUUUGCUUUACCGGGACUAUUAGACGAGGCCUUAGAGUUUAUUGAGAGAAUGCCUAUGAAGCCAAACGCUGAUGUGUGGGAAACAUUGAUGAAUCUCUCUCGUGUACACGGGGAUUUAGAGCUCGGAGAUCGGUGUGCUGAGAUUGUGGAGGUGUUAGAUCAUACGCGACUGAACAAACAGUCGAGGGAAGGUUUUCUACCGGUGAAGACAUCGGAUAUCGAGAGAGAGAUUCUAAAGAAAAGGUCAGGGAUCCUUGGGCUUCAUGGGAUCGGGACUGGUUUUAUCUUGAUCCGAUUCUUAGGAACACAUCCUCAACAGAGACAAGCUUGCAUCAACCUCACUUUUCUCGUCCAUGUAUUGUUAUAA